AGGCGGAAGUUGGGUUGCCACGAACAUUGACCGGACCACGACGACGAGAAACAAAGCGCGAGGUUAACAGGUUGUGUUUAACAAAACAGCGAAACUGUUGAAGGAGUGAGUCAAAAAUAUUCGUGCAGUUUUAAAUAACAAUGGCGUCAUGUGAGGAGCGACUGUGUCGAGUGAGAGGGGAGACCGAGCGACGACAACAACAACGACGACAACAGGACGCCAUUUCCUUGGCUCCGAUUGUGUUGCACAUGCAAGAUGUCCAGCAGCUGAUUUGUCGUCAUGAAGAACUUCCUCCACAAUUACAAAGGGAGGGUUCCAGUUUGGAUCACCCACAGCCCCACCACGUUAAAGAGUUUGAGGAGGCCCCACACCCCCCCCAGGUCAAAGAGGAAGAGGAGGAGUUUGAUGUGAGCGAGUUGCCACUGAACAUUAUCGUUGUAAAGAUCGAGGACGACGAGCCACCUGAGUCGGCACAGCUUAAGCAUCACAGUCCAAGUGGAGACCAGUGUGGAGGAGCAGCACCUGGCAACGUCUUAGCUCCAGCAUCAGACAGCGACGGCACCGGAGAACAUUUGAGUAGUGGCGCAGACUCUGUAGGCGACAACAAACACUCGAAUAGUUCUGAAAAGGAGACAACUGCAAACAAGAAAAGUUGUCAAACACGCAGGAGACGUCACACACAUAAAGAAGAUUUCACAUGCUCAGUUUGUGGUAAAAUGUUUUUAUAUGAGAGUAUUUUGAAUGUACACAUGCAGAAGCACACUGGAGAAAAACGUUUUUGUUGCUCAGUUUGUGGUCAAAGGUUCAUUAAAAAGUCAGAUAUGAAUCGACACAUGCGGACGACACACAGAGGAGAAAAGCCCUUUAGUUGCACAGUUUGCGCUAAAUCGUUCACACAACAGAUAAACAUGGUGGAGCACUUGAGAACACACACAGGAGAAAAACCUUUCACUUGUUCCGUUUGUGACAAAAGCUUUUCUAUUAAGACUUAUUUGAACAAACACAUGAGAACCCACACAGGAGAAAAACCUUUUAGUUGCUCCGUUUGUGAAAAAAGCUUUACUAAUAAAUCCGAUUUGAACAGACACAAGAGAGCACACGCGGGUGUGAAACCUUUUACUUGUUCGAUUUGUGGCGACACAUUUGCAGUAAGGGCCUCUUUGGUUGCACACACAUUAGCACAUACCGGACAGAAACAUUUCACUUGCUCCGUGUGUGAUAAAAGCUUUUCUAUUAAGACCUAUUUGAAAAAACACAUGAGAACGCACACGGGAGGAAAACCCUUUAGUUGCUCUGAUUGCGAUAAAAGCUUUGCUAAUAAGUCCGAUUUGAACAGACACGUGAGAACGCACACAGGUGAGAAACCUUUUGCCUGCUCAGUUUGUGGUAAACGCUUUUGUUAUAAGUACAGUUUGACUGCACAUAUGCUGACACACAACAGACAAUAACAUGUUUUUCUGCCUAGUUGUGCUAGAGCAAUGGUGCGGAACCUUUUUAUCAUAAGCGGCCAUUUCAGUCAUCUGGGGGCUUUGAUGUGAUGCUGAACCCAAUAAAUUGGACAAAAGUCAAAAGGUUCUUUCUUCCUUGUUACUGAUACUUCAUUCAUGACGGUGACUGCAAUUAUAAAUUCUAUUGAGUAAAUGGGGUACAUAAAACACACGUGACACUCCUUAGACAAGCGUCGCAUAGAAACUAGGCCUGAUCAAUUAAUGAAUUUCAUCAAUUAAUUUGCCAUGACAAAUAUAAAAAAAAUUUGCGCAGCUUCUAUAGUUCAUAGCGCAUCCCCUUUGACGCACACUGCUAACACUACUGUCUGACAUUUCAACCCAGUAGUAGAAAAUAAACUACGUUACGAGUAAAGCAAAACCUACUAGUGAGCAUUUGGGUGGUACUAUUAGGGUCUGAGAGGCUACUACAUGUGCAUGACACCUGCCUUUUAACUAGGCCUAGUACUGUUACUAGUGCAGCACAGUAGGCUAACUUACAUGCAAGGAGGCCACAAGUGGCAUAAGUAGUGGGGGGAAAACAAAUCAUAGACACAUAUUGGAAAGAGCCCAAGCUCGAUAUCGAAUACAUGCGCAAACAACUUUCCAUACAUUAGACACACGUCAAGACCAACACAAUCGCGUUGAAAUGCCAGGUUUUUCCCGCGAGAAAAAAAAAAAUUAUUUACCAAAAGGAAUCAACACUGCUUCCACCAUUAAUGUGACCUAUAAGCUGAAUAACUCAAUUGAGAAAACCUUUUCAAGAGGUGAAAAUAAAUAGAAACAACGGAUAAUGUAGUUGCACAAGUGUGCACACCCUCCUAUGACUGAUGAUGCGGCUGCGUUCCGAAUUAAUAGCAUUCAAAGUGCCUCUGAUUACCCCAACUAACGUUUAACUGUUCUAGGAGGCUUUUCCAGGCAUUUUUGUUGUUACACUUUAUAACACAAGCCAUGGUCCACAAAGAGCUUCCACGACAACAGAAGGAUCUCAAUGUUCAAAGGUAUCAGUCAGAAAAAGGGUACAAAAGAAUUCCCAUGGCAUGACAUACACCAUGGAACACAAUGAAGACAGUUAAACUGAUGAAAAUGACGAGAGGAAAACUGGUCAGGAAGGCUGCCGAGACACCCACAGCAAUGUUGGAAGAGCUGCAGGAAUUUCUGACAACAAUCUCCCCUCUUCUUCAUACUGUACUACAGAUUCAUCUCACUGUGCCCCCUCAUGUUUACUGAUAUCAUGUUGAACUUUAAGAUUUUAAAUGGUUGUUGUUUCUAUUGUUUUCAUUAUUGUUUGUGUUAAUAAAAUCGCCACGAAUGCCUUUGUGUAUAAUCAGAUGACCAUCUCAGUAUUUCAGUGCUGGAAAGUAACUACGUACAAAUGCUUUGCUACUGUACUGGAGUAGAUUUUUCAGUUACAGUGUCUGCACUUUCUGCUCCUUACUUGGUCAUAAUAGGCCUGUCACUUUUUUUUA